CAAAGCUUCAUCUAUACCUGUUCCCAUAUUUCUAAAAUGUAAUAACAAGAUAAACCUGGCCAUCUAUACAAAUGCUCUGAGGGCUGAGAUAACAUGCAAAUACAGCCUUACAUAUCAAUGCGUGAAAGCUGGAUAGACCACACAGUUCAGAAAGGGAAGUGCACUCUGCAAAACUAACUUGCACACUCACUGUCCAGUCACAGCAUCUUCGGGGUCACUGCCAGGCACAUCAACUCUUUUCAAUAAAAAUGGAUGGAAAAGCAAAUGUGAAGUCCCUCAUGGCGAAAUUUAACACAGGAGGCAACCCGACAGAAGAGGUAUCAGUCAACAACCGACGCUUCAAAGUCCCAGGACAAAACUCACCAUCAGGAAUACAAGCAAAAAAGAACUUGUUCAACAACCAAGGUAAUGCCAUCCCUCCUGCAGGACCCAGCAACGUGCCUAAAUUUGGCUCCCCAAAGCCACCUUUGGGAGUGAAACCUUCUUCUGAGGAAAAGCCUGACAAGGAGCCCAAGCCCCCGUUUCUAAAGCCCACUGGGGUGGGCCAAAGAUUUGGAACACCAGCAAACCCGGUCACCAGAGACCCUGAGGUGAAAGUGGGAUUUCCGAAACCUAUAGGCCCCAAGCAAUUCAACUUGCCCAAAGAGGAUUCCAAACCUGUGUUUUCGCGGCCUCCUGUGAAUAAGCCACCACUUCAUGGUGUAAACCAAGACCAUGACUUAAAGCCACCGGGACUGAAAUCUGGGCCUAUUCCUCCAGCCUCGGAAAAUGAACAAAAGCAAGCAUUCCCAAAGCUGACCGGAGUGAAAGGCAAGUUUAUGUCAGCCUCACAAGAUCUUGACCCCAAGCCCCUCUUUCCCAAACCUGCCUUUGGCCAGAAGCCAUCCCUGAGUACUGAGAACUCCCAUGAAGACGAAAGCCCCACUAAGAAUAUGCCUCCACAGAAAGGACCCUCAGCCACCCUGGGAGCCAGGUCCAAAAGUGGCCCUUUAAAACCAGCGGGGGAAGACCCAGAAAAUAAAAACCAAGCAAGUGAUACAUCAAAUUCACCUUUUCCUGGAGUGGUUUUGAAACCUGUUUCAAGCAGAGGAGGCCCAGGCCUCUCCAAAAAUAGUGAAGAAAAAAAGGAAGAUAGGAAGAUAGAUGCUGCUAAGAACAUCUUCCUGAGCAAAAUGAUUCAGGAAGAGUCACCCUCAGGGGCUCCUCCUGCCAAGUUCCCUAAGGUCCCUUCUAAGCUGACAGUGGGGGAGCCAUGGGGCCAAAGUCAAGAAAAGGAAAAGGGAGACAAGAAUUCAGCGCCCCCAAAACGAAAGCCAUUGCCUCCCUUGUUUACCUUGGGUCCACCUCCACAGAAACCCAACAGACCACCAAAUGUUGACCUGACGAAAUUCCAAAAAGCCGCUUCUGGAAACAGUACCAACAAAGGCCAGACAUCAACAACUUCCCCGCCACCACCUCCUCCAUCCCAUCCCACCAGCCAACCACCAUUGCCAGCAUCUCACCCAACACAACCACCGGUCCCAAGUCUACCUCCCAGAAACAUUAAACCACCAUUGGACCUAAAAAGCCCUGUAAAUGAAGAAAAUCAAGAUGGUGUCGUGCACUCUGAUGGUACUGGAAAUCUAGAUGAGGUACAAGACAGUGAUGGAGAAACAUAUGAAGACAUAGAAGCAUCCAAAGAACGAGAGAAGAAAAAGGAAAAGGAGGGAAAGAAGAGACUAGAGCUGGAGAAAAAGGAACAAAAAGAGAAAGAAAAGAAAGAACAAGAAAUAAAGAAGAAAUUUAAACUAACAGGCCCUAUUCAAGUCAUCCAUCAAGCAAAAGCUUGCUGUGACGUCAAAGGAGGAAAGAAUGAACUAAGCUUCAAGCAAGGAGAGCCAAUUGAAAUAAUUCGCAUCACAGACAACCCCGAAGGAAAAUGGUUGGGCAGAACAGCAAGAGGGUCAUAUGGCUAUAUUAAAACAACUGCUGUAGAGAUUGACUACGAUUCUUUGAGAAGGAAAAAAUCCUCUCUCGGGCCUCUUUCAAGACCUAUUGAAGAUGACCAAGAAGUAUAUGAUGAUGUUGCAGAGCAGGAUAAUAUUAGCAGCCACAGUCAGAGUGGAAGUGGAGGGAUAUUUCCACCACCUCCAGAUGAUGAUAUUUAUGAUGGGAUUGAAGAGGAAGAUGCUGAUGAUGGCUCCACACUACAGGUUGAAGAGAAGAGUAACACAUGGUCCUGGGGGAUUUUGAAGAUGUUAAAGGGAAAAGAUGACAGAAAGAAAAGUAUACGAGAGAAAACUAAAGUCUCUGAGUCAGACAAUAAUGAAGGUUCAUCUUUCCCCUCUCCUCCUAAACAGUUGGACACAGGAGAUGAGGUUUACGAUGAUGUGGAUACCUCUGAUUUCCCUUCUCCAUCAGCAGAGAUGAGUCAAGGAAUCAAUACUGGCAAAACUAAGACAGAAGAAAAAGGCCCCAAGAAGCUAAAAAAGCAGGAAAAAGAAGAAAAAGACUUCAGAAAAAAAUUUAAAUAUGAUGGUGAAAUUAGAGUUCUAUAUUCAACCAAAGUCGCAGCCUCUUUAACUUCUAAAAAGUGGGGUACCAGAGAUCUACAGAUAAAACCUGGUGACUCACUUGAAGUUAUACAAAACACAGACGACACAAAAGUUCUUUGCAGAAAUGAAGAAGGAAAAUAUGGUUAUGUCCUUCGGAGUUAUCUGGUGGACAAUGAUGGAGAGAUCUAUGAUGAUAUUGCUGAUGGUUGCAUCUAUGACAAUGACUAGCACUCAGCUUUGGUCAUUCUUCUGUGUUCAUUGGGUGCCAGUAUGAAGUCUGAGUUUUAAUUGGCAUGUUAUUGGGUAUCAGAAAAUGAAUGUACAAAACUACUUAUUUGUUAUGAAACUUUAAUUAUCUCUGUAAAGUUUUGAAAUUUUGACAUAGAAAAUGAUCUGUCUGCUUAAUAUCUCAGAAGACUACAUGAAUGAGGUAUAAGAAUUAUUAAAUAUCCCAUUUCUGCUUUGGCUACAAUU